UCUUACUAUUGAAAUACAGAUUAAUAUCACUGUUUUUGAAUUAAACAUUUCAACAUUUUUCAAUGUGUAUGGUCUGAGAAGAAAAAAUUAAUGAUAACAAAACCGUUCAAGUAAUUAAGUUGUUUUCUGCAUUUUAUUUACCCUCUGAUUCGAUAUCAACUGUUAUGGUAAAUUUAGUGGUUGAACUGUUAUUACAGCAUAUGAUUUCAAAAUACUAAAUCAUGUUAUUUUAAUGUUUUGUUUACUAGCAUCCUUUUGUUUUUGUUAAGAAAUGUAUCUAAAUAAUUUCAAAACUAUUUUGAUUUGUUCAUUUUUGUAAGCAAAAUAGAUUGUGAAUUAUGACUUGCCUAUGAAACACUGCUCGUAUAGUAGUUAUGCUUAGUAAUUACAAAUUCAUGAGACAUCUGUCUAAUGGCUGUGGCCACAAGUUCAUCGACACCUCCGAUCUGUGCACUUCUGAGAUCCAGGACAUUCUUUGGACCUCUCUUGAUCUCAAAGCUAGAGUCAAGAAUCAUUCUUUUGGCAAGACUUCUUCCCUAACUUUCUAAAAUUGUGACUGAGGGUGUAAUGCCCAGCCUCUGGAGGGAUCCAGGAUAACCAUGCUGUGUAGCUGUCAAUCACGGAGUGACAACCUCUUGGUGCAGUCAGCCCUGCAAACCCUUGGUGCUGAUGUCCUAUUCAUGUUGAGCAGCCGUUGGGAGCAAUACAAGUUCAAGAAAGAUGUUGGAAAGUUCUGUUCUCUUUACUCCGAUCUGGUGGUCGCUGGAGGAAGAAACCACAACAGUCUGUGCCAGUUGACAGAGGGUGCCUCAGUCCCUGUCGUGAAUAUCGCCAGUCACAAGUUUGCACCCCUGCAUGCCCUCGGGGUGCUCAUGACCCUACAGGAACACUUUGGCCGGCUGAAUGGCCUCACAUUGGGCUGGGUAGGGCCUAUGGGCAAGAAACUCAACACUUUCAUUUAUCUCCUGCCGAAAGUUGGCAUCCAUCUCAAGUACAACUCCUCACCAACUCCUAAUUUUCCGGCAAGCCCACUCGUGCUGCCUGCAGGCAAGAAUUUCUGUAAAACCUUCAACACUAGAAUUGAGGCAUGUCCUGACCCACUUUCAACAAUCGCUGGAGUUGAUGUAAUCGGCACUUCCAAACACAAGAAGGAGACCCAGAAACUUGAGCUCCACAUGUUUGAGGGAGCCAACAAAAACUGGAUAUUUUUCCACAUAUUACCCAGAUGGGAAGGAGAAGUCUCGGAGGAUGUUUUCAACCAUCAAAACUCUCUUGUAUGGACUCUCCAUGAAAACAUUAAAUAUACAUUAAUGGCAGUUGUAUUAAGAUUACUGAAGACCUACAGACCAACUCUGGUAAAACCCAACUUCAACUGAGACCUGUGUUCGUGAUGGCAGUUGUGUGUUUUAAAUUAAUUAUUAACUUAUCACAGUACAUUAAUACCCUAAAAUCUGUCUCUUAUUUUUAAUAUCUCAUUUACCUACUUGUUCUAAGAAAUUCUUAGUUCGUAAUAUGCUCUCUUUACGAAAUUAGUCUGUGAAAAUAAAGAUAGAUUAGAAGUAAAACCUAUUUAAAUUGGAGUCCCACAAGGUUCUGCCCUGGGCCCUUUUUUGU